GGGGGCGAUAAAAUGGCGCAGGGGGCGGAGUGAGGCACAGUCGUUCGCCCAGGCUUCGGCCCGGCUUUCGGAGGUUUUGAAGUAUUGAAUUUCCCUGGUUGUACUGACUCAGACUAUUAUCUGUGCAUCGAAGAAAGCAAAAUAUCAGGGUAGUUCAACUUUUUUCUAACUCUGCUUACAAGAUUUGUGAUUGGGAAGGUGGGAGUCAAUCAUUUUGACAAGUCUACUGAAAGGAACAGCUAGCAGGAGCUGAAACCUUUUUCCAUUUGGUCUCGUGGCAAAGGCAGAGAUCACGCCAGCAGCUCCACACAAUAUGACGUGCUCACUAGUGACCUCUGAACAGUCUUCUGGUACCUCUCUCUUGCCCAAAGACAGUGCCUCAUUUACUUGGGGUUCCUUGGAUGAAGAUGGAUUGGAUGACUCCUUGCUGGAGCUGUGUGAUGGCGAAGAAGAUGAUGGCCAUUUCAGUUUCACAGAGGAGGAGAUUCAGGAACUCUUGAAGGAUGAUGACCCAUCGAAUGAGCACUCUCGGGCAGGAGGGUUGCUUAGAGAUGAUAGCAGGCACGUUGAGAAGGAAGGAAGAGGGAGUCAAAUUCUACUUGAUACUCCCGAAGAGAAAAGUUCAGUGUGUAGCUUGGGACCAGUAGAUGAGACUCCUGAUCUCUUCAAACUACCUCAGCAAAUAACAUCAAUUGGUCAUGGACCAGCUUCUACUAAACCAUUAAACAGACGCUUUGCACUAGAAAAGAAUCUUAUAAAAAUUACAGUUGUUGCGCCAUUUGAUCCAACAGUUUGUGAUACUGUGCUUGAUAAGGACAAGACUGAUUCAUCCAAAGAUAUUGAGAAACCCUCCUCCUUUGGAGAAGAGAUGAGAGAAGAUGGUCUUAGCCCAAAUGAGAGCAAACUUUGCACUACAUCUGAGAGAAUCAGCCCCAGUCAUGCUGCCUGGGAUGGGUCCUUGCUCCCUUCUUCAAACAAUAACUUUCAGCAAACUGUCUCUGAUAAAAAUACACUUGACAAUAAGAAACCUACACCUGUAUUCUCUCAGAUUGUGGACCAUUCAGAGACUCCUCACAUGGGGGCAUCCUGGAGAAAUGGAGCACACAAAUCAAGUUGUGAAAUGAGGUGUUCAGUUGCUGGCUCAGCAAACAAAAAGCAGAAUGUUCUUGACAAGGAUUCUGGGAAGCUGAAAGUCCAUGAGAGAAGACUAGGCAAAGUCAUCCCUGUUCUACAAACCAAAACAAGGACUAAUGUGCCAACGUUUUCACAAUCAGAUCUAGAACAGCAGAAGCAAAAUUAUCUCAGGAGUGUCAUUGCUCAUAUAGAAGACCCAGUGGACUCUAACCAAGGUAACAAAGCAGCCAGAGAAGGGCAUGUCAGUGACUGGGAUGAAUGCUUAGAAGUGGAAUUGCUGGGUACCUUGGGGGAACUGUGUGUCCUGAUGGAUCAAGUUCAUCAUAUGCAUAACCAAAAAUGGCAGCAUCCUUCAGACCUUACCAUGCGAAACUAUGCCCGCUUCCGACAGAAUUCCCUGCAAAGAUACAGUCUGACUCAGUGGGUUGACAGGAAUGAACGAAGCCACCAUCGGUUCCAGCGUCUCCCAUGCAGUCCAUUUAUCUCGUCACAACAGCAGUGAAAGUUCCUAUUCCAAAUCUGGUUCAGAGCAGCAGCGCAGUUUCUGUUGUUUUGUGCUUUGUAGAUAUUGAAUUUAUUUUUCACAAUAUUUUUAUUUAAAGAAUUUGUCACCUUUUGGAAAUGCCCAUUACUGACUUGAAAUUCUUUGUAUAAGUUUGUUUGUGUGUUGUUGUUGUUGUUGUUGUUGUGUGUGGGGGUGGGGUGGGGGUGUGUAAGUAUUAUUAAGUUGAAGGUGGAGUAUUUUACUUUUUAUAAUUGAAGGUGGCCAUCUGCUGAAAGCCAGCAUUAAGCCAAAACACCCACACUGAGACAAACAGCUGCCUCCAGGCAGAGGUGAAGUCUCCUUUUGGCACCCAAAGAAAUCACUUCUGACUGCCCUCUAGGGAAGUCUUCAUUAGACUACAAACCAGUGUAAUUACUGCCAAUGACACAAUCAGAGAUAAAUCACUUAUAACCAUCCCUCUUUUUUCUUGGAAUCUCUGAAUACCUGUCAGUAUUUUCAAGUUAUAGUCCAGGACAUUUUAAAUAGAAUAGAGUGGUAUAAACAUUCCAUUAAAAGGACAGUUAAACAUAUAAAUCUUUUUUUUU